AAAAACUUUCUUCGCUCGGUCACAUUUAUUUUCAGCUUUGCGGAAGACAGUUUGAUGAAGUUUAAAACAAAUCUUUAGAGAUUCUGGGGAUAACUAAAAGCCUGGCGUGGAGAAUUGGCUAUCAACAUUGGCGUCUUACUUCACACAGAGUGCAACAUUGAUUUCUUUUUGAACUUGAAGCGCCGCCGUCCGCUUCUCCACCCACCGAGCACACACACACACAAACACCCCGACGAAAAACAAUUUUCCGAAGGCAAUUAAAUAGCGUUGGAAGCUGAUAAAGAGCGAUUGAUAUGGCGGAACGCGAGCGCAGCAUUCACGAGAUGCUGAAAGAUGCGCCCUCGCUGAACGACAGCUGCGGAGCGGUGCACACGGGCACCGAAGGCGGCAGCAUGGUCAUUGGGAGCUCCAGUAGCCACAGUAUUAUCGGCAGCGGCGGCAGCGUUGGCCCCUUCAGUGCCCCAAAUAGUUUGCCAUUGCGAAACCACUCAGCACCCACCACACCGAUGUCGCCGAUAAGCCCGCCGUCUGGCAAUGGCUCCCUCAGCCCGACGGAUAGCGGGAGCGGCAGCCUCAUACGCACAAGCGCUUCCAAGAUCGACAGCAUCAAGAAUUGGAGCAUAUCCACAUACAAGUGCACGCGCCAGAUAAUGCUGGAGAAGCUGGGCAAGUCACAGCGCACGGUGGACUCUGAGCUAGAGGCUCAGAUCGAGCAGCUGCGCGAGACGCAGCGCAAGUAUCUGUCCAUUUUGCGGCUAACGCGAGCCUUCAGCUCGCACUUCCAGCAUGUGGUCGUCACCCAACACGCGUUGGCCGACUCCUUUGCCGAUCUGGCGCAGAAGAACCCAGAGCUGCAGAAGGAGUUUACCUGCAACUCUGAGACGCAGCGUAACCUGACCAAGAAUGGGGAACUGCUGCUAAAUGCGCUCAACUUUUUCAUAUCGUCGGUGAACACGUUGUGCAACAAGACAAUCGACGACACUCUGCUGACGAUACGACAGUAUGAAACAGCCAGAAUCGAAUUUGAUGCCUACCGCAUGGACUUGGAGAACACGAAGCCGGAACUGACGCCCUCGGCCACAGCUCUGGAGGAGACUCAGCGCAGCUAUGCGCAGCACAAGGAGCAGUACGAGAAACUCCGCUCUGACGUGGCCGUUAAAAUGCAAUUUCUCGACGAAAAUCGCAUUAAAGUGAUGCACAAGCAACUGAUCUUGCUGCAUAAUGCCAUCGCAGCGUACUUUUCCGGCAAUGCCAUAGCCCUGGAAAGCACUCUGAAGCAGUUCAAUAUCAAGCUUAAGUCACCUAAUGCCGCCACCGGAUCUUGGCUGGAACAGUAGUCGUAUCUGACUAUCCAACACUCGAAGAACCCUUUCAGGCGGCAUCUAAAAGCAUCUAAUUGGAGGAGCAGUUGCCUCUUCUCCUCCGCUCACUUGCUGAACGAGCACGCUCUCUAAAAGAAAUCCAAAGCUAAGAAAGUCCAAGCCCAGGCAUGCACUCUGGAUGCUGCACGAACAACAAUAUUUACGAGCUAAGUUAAAGUCGAAUUCCUAAGCCGUAAGCAGAAAGUGGCAACUGUGUAUGUUAUAUACAUAUAUAUAUAUAUUUUUCCAGCCGCUUU